CGACUCGCAUUAUAACAUUAAACGCGCGAUCCCAUCAUCAUUUUUGCCAUUCGGUGUGUUUUUUCAGUGAGUAUCAUUUAAACGCGGCCGCGACUGGACGCGCGAUAGGCUACACACAACACGGUUUUGUGAUAUACGUAUAACCAAUGCCUCGUAAAAACAAGAGACGCAGAAAUAAUCACAAUAAUAAUCGAAAGAAAGUAAAACAGCUGAAUAACGAUGGUUGUGGUGUAACGAUUGGCGGUCAGCCAACGAAUGUAGCAUUCGUCGGUGGAACGGAACAGUCAAUUGAAUUAGCAGCUCGUCAAACAGAGAUGGGCAGUGACAACAGUAAAAUCGAUUGCAUUGUUGUGGUGCCGGAUGGUGAUGAUAGCAGCGUCGGAGAAAGUGAAAAUAAAAAUGAACUCAGUGAAAAUGGAAAUGAAAAUAAAAUUGAUGAUCCGAAUGUGUCCAACGAAAUGGAUGGGAUUGGUGAAGCCAACGGAAAAUGUGUUGACCAAAACAACGUUAUCAAUCAAUCGAAUGAAGAUAGUGAUACGAUUAUGUGCCCUAACAUUGUAGUUAGUACCGGUGUAACUGAUGCGAACGAAUCGUGUAAUGACUCUGCGUACAACAAACAAAACACAUCGUCGUUGGCGGGAACAUGUGGAGAUUUAAAUUCGAUUCAAGAGCCAAAAUCCACAAACAAAUCGAAAAUACCAAAGGCAGUGAUUGCAAAUUGUUUUACGUACGAUUCAUGUACGGAGGAGACGCCACCACCACAUGUAACAAGUGAUGUUGAUGAUCAUGAAAAUGCGCAAAUUAAGUUCAACGAAAAAUGCUUUGGUUCAAUACCGAACGAUACCAACAUAAGUGAAGAUAAGACGAACCGUGAUUUCGAUAAGAAAGUUGAGCCACUGGUACGGAGUGAUAAAGUUGCUUUUAAUCCAAUUAUGCAAGAAAUAGCAAACAACAGUAGUUACAGAGUGGAUUCGCCUAGUGCGAUGACGACAGCGGAAAGACCGAGGUUGGUUGGUGUGAAGAAAAGUCGCAGCAUGGACGACAACGAUGUGAUGAUACAGGAAAUGAGUGAUACCGGUUCGAUUGGUGACAACGAAAAUACGCCAAUCGUUUCGGAAGCUGAAUCGGAAGUAGAGUCCGACAUUUUCGACAUAUCGCCGAGUCCUUCCGGUGUACUGGUCAGCGUUCAAACCAUACCGUUCAGUGGUCCGUUGGUGGAUCUGUCGGCAGAGGAGGAGGAACUAAUUCAAAAUUUGAUCAACGAUCCAAAGUCCGAUGCCAUGUCCGACAAAAAAAUCCAAAAGAUCAAAAAGCGCUCGGCGUUGGAAAAUCAUUUUUUGCCGCAAUUUCUGAAUCCCAAAUAUUUGGACGUAAUCAAAGAGGAGGCGAGCGAUACCAGUGACGUGGAAUCGAAAAAUGCGGCUCCGGUGCCGGACAAUCGAGAACCCUCUUUCGAUGAAGAGUUGGACGACGACGUUUUCCUCGAUAACAAUUCGAUUGUGCAGAAGACGAACGCAGUUUUUCCGAAAAUUAAUCUCAACUUUACGGGACGUCGUAAGCACGUGUCACAUUUGAAAAGUCCAACAGCGGAUGUGAUUCGGGAAGAGCCGCAAUGCUUUCUAGUUGACACAAAAUUAGUCGAUCCGGACGCGGUGGAGGAGAGUUGCUCCAAGUGGACUACAUCGGUGGUUAGUGAACAGCCGGUCGCUGAAUUGGUUUACAUCGGAUCCAGUUCAAGUAGUGCUAGUGAUGCCAAUGAUCAAGAGUCAGUGGGUGAGGCUGAUGGAGAAGAAUCAUGUGAUGAAGACAGUGAUGUUAGAAUUAAGACGCCAAUCAUAGGUUGUGAUGACAAAGAGUAUUCGUUGAUCGUUGACAGUGGUUUUAAAUCACUUAAUCCGGCAUGUGAGGCCGAAUCCUUUGUUACAAAUGCAGAAAAUGCAGAAACAGAGCUGAGUAACGAAGAAUGUGCCCCCAGUGAAGCGAGUGAAAGUCAUGAAAGUGCGAUAACGGACAUUGGUGACAAGAACAGUGAAGAAAUCAACGAUUCUGUGAUUAAGCAAAUCGAGACUGACGAUCAGAUACCUCAGUUCAUAAUUGGCGCCCCGUGCUCGAAUAAUAUGUUCCCAAUCGUCAAUACCGUUCAUCCAAGUGCGGUAAACGAGUUACAGAAAAAUGAAUUCCUUCGACAGGAUUCAUCCGGCAGUAUUUGUUCAUCGCUUAGCCAUAGCACUUCGCAAAGUCAGUCAACUGCUCGCUUCUGUGCUACAUCUCCACCACGCGAUUUAGCCGACUUUGAAAACAGUCAGUGUGUGUCGGGGGCUUCAUCAUUGACGCAACAAAUCAAGACGCUGCGACAGAUAGCCGUGGAGAAAUUAAUGUCCAUGCCAUACGGGUCGAUAAUUCUGGAGGAGCUAGCAAUUGUUGCUGAAAGUCUAAGUAAUCUGACCGAUCAUCAGCCGAGUUUCGAUUCACCUCCGAUACCACCAAGGCCAGAAAGUUUUCCCGACGAUUCACCGCCUCCAAUACCUCCAAAGCCGAACAGUUUCGUUAACGAGUCAUCGCCUCCAAUACCACCAAAGCCAGUCAGCUUUUACGAAAAUUCACCGCCACCAGUUCCACCAAAACCACCACAAAAUCGUUUCGAAACACAACCACCGCCAAUACCACCGAAGCCGACAAACACGCCGUAUUCGGAGGCGCCAUUCAUCGAUCCAGAAACUUCCAAAACAACGAGAGAAAUCAAAAUCGUUCAACUUCCGGCGACAUCGGUAAACACUGUGCCAAUCAGUCAUAUGAUGAUUAAUUCAGGUCUAGGCGUGCCAAUCGAGCAAAAUCCAUCCGUUUCGCCAUGCCUUUCACCAUCGCAACGCAAUUACAUCGAAGACAACACACAUUCGAAUGAAAUCAAACCAGACCUACUUUUAGAAAUGCACAGCACGUUCGUUAAUCGUCGCGGCUACCAUGAAUAUACCGAUAUCGAAUUAAAAGAGCCACAUCGUGAGCAACAACACUUAAUGAACGACGAUCGUCACAAUGAAACGGUUGCCAAAAAUGAUGACAACAACAGAUUGUUGGCAAUAAUUCGAGAUUCAAAACAGUCUACCGGUGAAAAUUCAGCUGCACAUAACGUUAACGUUGAGUGUGAUCGGACAUUUGAACGUAACAAUCAGUCAGGUGAUAAAAUCUCGUCGAUUCCCAGUGCCGACGGGAAUCUAAAAAUGUCGAACGAGAAACAAAUUCCAUUCGAUAAUAGUACGACCGCAAUGACUCAACCGUCGUCGUCAGUGCGAACGUAUUCGAAUGUUGAAAAGUCAACAUAUGAAACGCGAAAACGGAUCGAAAACGGAAAUGUUGUGUUCGAAUUUUCCAAUUCAACGAAAGAGACUUCCACCGACAACAAUGGCAACAAGGAAUGCACAAAAGAAUCAAAAGAAUCGUCCACUGGUGGCGACUUGACCGAUUCAGCGAUGAUGAAAUCGGACAUAAAUUUAGAAGAGAAUUCGGUUUCGAGCACAUCAAAUCAUAAAAUUCCAUCGUCGCCUAUAAAUAGCGGUGCGGGAAAUAUGGAAAAUGCGAAAAAUGAAAAGUCAACAAAUCAACAACAGCGCAAUGUGAAGGCCAAGAGUGAAUACUUUGACGAUAAAAUCUCAUUCAAGGAAUUCGAUUAUGUGCCGAAAUUCUUCGGCGAUGACGAUUUCAAUCAAUUUUUCAACUCGAACCACGAGCGAUCGUAUGAAGAGAGGAAACGAGAAGAAAACCAUUACCAAUCGUCUGAGGUGUCGUCGUCUAGGCCUCAGAGCAGUCUGCAAGAAUGGCUGAAAGACAUUGAUGAGGCGAACAGUUUAUUGGACAACAUUGUCAAACCGAUCGUAAGGGAAGAGAAUUUAUGCAAAGGAAUGGGAUCGAAAGUGAACGUACGAGCGCCUAGGCUACAUACCGUUGAGGUUUCAAACGAAGUAAAUGACAAAUUUGAUGAGGCUCAACGCAGGUACGAGAUGUACGUAACAAAACAGAAUCACAUGUACAACCGACAGUCAAUGAUUGAUAAAACGCCGAUAACACCACACGUAUCCACGCGAAGAAAGUCACUGCCAAAGGAGCUGCAACAAAAGCAAUUGGAGUACAUCCGGAAAAAGGAACAGGAAUUGAAUUUCGAGUUCGAUAAGCUGGAACACGAUCGAAUGCGAUUGCUUCAAGAAAUCGAAGAGAUGAAAGUCAAUCAACAUGUCAAGGACUUUGUCACGGCUCACAAAUUGAACUACUCCUCAAAUAAUUUCAUAUCGAGACACCAGUCCGAAGCGGAAUUGCUUCGGCAGCAGAUGCACGACGAAUGGCUGAAUAAAGUGGCCGAACGCGAGGAGCGAAGAUUGCAAAAAAUCAUUAAAAUAACUAAACCCGGCGAAGAGAAUGCAGCUCCGGAACAUGGAACGCGAAAGGCGACGGUUGAACACGAGUUCUUAAAUCGGGUGAAAGAGCGACGUACCAAAUUGAAAAUGCCAUCAGAUAGUGAUUGGGAGAGUGGUGCUGAGUCACAACCGACUGAACGCGAUAGAAAGGAAGAGAAAGUCGACCCGAAAAUUAAAGUGAUUGAAAGUGAACGGGAAACCAAUUUGAACGAAUUUCCCAAACAUAUCAAAGAGUUUGCGUCGGAUUUCACCACAACCACCGAACGAACGGACACAUCAGUGAAAGAAACGACGGAAUCCAGUUCCAGCUACGAAAUCCGAUCGUCGUCGGUUGCAACGAAUGAUGAUGCACAGCCGAAAAAAACGCCUAACAAAAACCAACUCACAUCAGCUUUGAAAAAUCCAUCAUCAAUUUUACGGAAAAAGCCAACGAACAUCAAAAAACAAACGAAAUUCCAGCUUGCACAGCACCGCCGAAGUUUGUCUGACGGUGAUCUGCUGCACGAAAUCGAUAAUGCAUUAGUGCUUUCAAAGGGCUUUUUAUUUGCGCGCGGCAUAUGGUCACCUGGAACUAAAACAGAACCACACCCUACAUUCAAUCGGCAAAACUCAACACAAUCUCAACCACCAACGCCACCGCCUCCACCAUUCUGGGCCCCGAAAAGUGCAGAACCGUCACCAACUUUCGAUCGGAAAGAAUUCCGUCCGGUUAAGUUCGAAUCACCUCAGCUCAGUCGGAAAGUUUACACCAAAGAGGAACCACCAGUGCAGUCUCCUUGGUCCUAUUCAUUGCCCGAUAAAAUACCACCACCCCGAAAUCCACCAAUUUCAACAAAUUUCAACUAUACACCGCCUUGCCCUUCGAAUAUACCAAAAUCGCAAACUAGCACAAUAACAUUGUUGCAGAAGGCUAAAGAGAACCAAUUACCCCGUAGUGGUACAACCAAUUAUAUGCAAACAGAGCGAAAACAAAUAACUCAAAAUUAUUCGCCCGGAAUAAUAAGGCCAAAUGAAGUCGUUUAUGCAAUGAAAAACGAAUACCUGAGUGAACAGGAGAGCGAAAACGAACGACCGAAGAAAAUGGUAGAUUUAGGUCAUAAGAAAAUCGAAGGAAUCGGUCCGACAACAAAGCAGGGAAUGCCAAUCGUUUUAAGAUCGGAAGUGGAUGAGAACAAUCAUCACAAAUGGUAUAAGAAGAUGUACAACACUUUACACAAGGUCAACCAGAACGAUGACACAAUAACUGUUCGCUACAAAACUCGAAGAGGACGCUAUCCAUACAAAACAAGCGGAUACUUAUCUGAACCAGAGCCAAAUUAUGAUUCCGACUAUUCCAUCUACAAGUACAGUACAUUGGAUAGACGACGAAAUCCGCCAUUGAAUGAUAGUCAUAACAACAACAACAACAAUACAGCUGCUACAACUACAACUGCCGACGAAAAAUUUUAUGGGACAAUGCCAAAUCCAAUAAAAUGUGGAUCCGGUGUUUAUAGAAAUCAACCGGGUAGAAUUGAAAAUUAUGUUCCAGGUCAUUCGUCAGUGUCGGAUAAAGAGAGAAAGGAAUGGUGGGAUCAAGUUUUGGCUAUUUUUGACGGGCGUACCGAGCACGAAAAGCUAGCAAGUCGAAGUUACACAGAGGGUUACCUGUCAAGAGCAUUAAAGGACCAGGGUUACGAGAGUGACUCAACGCUUGUAUUCCGCAAACGAGACACCGGCAUACCAUCACCACUCAGUCCCGUUGAACAGAAGCAGGCAUAUUUGAAUUUACAAGCUGGAGGAGAGGCUCCACCGCAAGGGUUCCGCAAACAAGCUCCGGAAAAGCCGAAAGACGAUCACCACAUUGAAUAUUUCCCGAUUACAUCAACGCUAACCAAAAUUCGUGUCAAUAACAUUGACUCGAUGAUCAAACCUCACAAAGAGAUCAUUUGCUAUCCCAUAACAAACAUAACCCGACCAAUUGAUCUGUUCGGUCCGUUUCCGAAAUCCGUUCAAACAUUUGUACCGGUCAAUCCGCCCGCACCGCCGAACCGUAAAUCGUCCAAACGGAACACGACUCUGCAAAUAUUUAGCGAUAUUCAAUCCAUGGCCAAGCAGAAUUCCAAGAAACCAACAUCAAGCGGACCGAUCAACACCGGUACGAUAACGUUGAGAAAAAGCCGUUUGGCGGGAAAUUCAAACCGAUCACGAUCGACCGGUAGUGUUGUAUCGACAUUCUCGUUGAAAGAGGAAAAAAAUGUUGCCAACGAUUUUCGAUCCACUCGUCGCCAAUUUUGCCGGGUCAGUUCGGUGAGUCCAAUACCGCAGGUGUCCAAGGCAGAUGCACGUAGAUCUGGUGCCAGUCCAAUAGCUUUCGGCCGAAGCAUAUCGAAGGAACGCACUUUCGCCGAAGAGAAAAAGAAGUUGGAGCAAAGAUUGCCGUUGUGUCGUAAAUCAUUUACUGCCAGUACCAGCAUCCUGAGAAAUCCCGAUCUCAAGUCUCCCGAUCAGAUAAAAAAGGCCGUUCAAACUACCUUCAGAAUGCCGGUUUCGACGGAAAAAUACACCGCCUCGAAAUCCACCAGAAAAGUAUCCGCUGGCGGUACGGUUAAAACAUCCGACUAUUCAUUUUCGUCGAAUAAAUCGCACAAAGGGUCGGCAAAGAAUGACGAAAAGUCUCUGCGAUUGACCGUUGCGAUUUCGUCGAAAAGCAAGGAACCGUUGAAAACGGAAGCUCGGAUCGGGGCACGUAGUCAAACUUCCAUGGUAAAAUCCAAUAUCACCCGAGGCUCGCGCAGUUGUGAAAGCAAAUUUACCAGCAAGUCGAAGAAUUCAUCAAAAUCAGUCUCGAAUUUAUCGUUGGCCAGAACCAGUUCCACCUACUCCAUUGAUUCGUGUAAUUCGAAAAAGCGCAGCUACCACGGCAAAUCGUUGAACGUCAUUAAGUCCACGUCGAAGGAAACGGUUUUUCCGCUUACGAUAAGUGGAAAAGGUCGCAAAAAGAAAGCCAAUGCCAAGGAAAAGAACACCAAUGAAGGUACGGAUGAAAUUGAUAAUCGAACGGUUGAAAUGGUGUCAUACAACUCGACAAUGCGAGAAGAUGAAAAGUCGCUGGACGAACACUAUCAUGAUAACAUUGACGAAGCAAUUCGUUUCAACCGAACCGAUACGUUUUUCCAAAACUUAUUCCUUCGAGAUGUUCCCUCUCCUCCUCCGUCCAUUGUAAGUUGUGUGUCCAAAAAUACCUCUGUCCAAGAGAAGGCAAGACUAUGGGAUACUGUGACCAGAAAAGCCGACACUAAGUCGAAACAUCAAAGCGUUUAUUUGACGAAUAAGCGGGCAGUGUCCGGUUCAAAGUUCAAAACCAUGGAACAUGACCGCAUUCGUCAAUCACGAAGCUUAAGUCCGCAGAAGUUGUUCCGGCCAAAGUGUCUCUUCUACGAUUCAGUCACUAAAUACGACUCUUUCCAUCAACUGUCCGAUGAAGAGGAAGACUUUGGAAGCAUGACACACAGUCGAACCACCGAACUGGUGCACAAAUUCGAGGAACCGACCUCAAAUGUCUUUCUAACCGAAGUCAUUCGACCGAAUUCGCCAGUUGUGAUCCAUGGACGGCAAAGUUUUGAGUAUAUGGCACGCAAUGUGUCGCCUGUCCGAGAUAUUCGAUCGCCCUCUUGUCGCAGGAUACAACAAAGAAGAACAGAAAGUUUCAAGGCUAAUAACCAGAAGACGGAUCAGAAAAAAGUAGUUCGGGCUCGCAGUCUCGGUAGCAGUGAUCGUUAUCACUCAUUGGACUCGCAUGCAUUGACCCGCAGCAAUAGCAUGCUGAAUGCCAACAGCUACGAAAAUCAUGUCCCAAUGUGUUCACAUCAAAAAUCCGAACGAUUCAAAGAACUCAACAGAUUCUACAACAAUUUGGAACGCGUUGGACAGUUGGAACGAGCUACAUCGUCAACGGACUUGCGUCCAAUUCGCAAAGAAGGUGACCUUAUCGAUUUCGAUGAAUGGAAACAGGUGCGGGAUCAUGAGAAAGCUGAAAAGGAAUUGAAUCACCUGGUGGACAAGCUGCGACGUGACGAAAAAGAGAAAGAUUUUUUGUUUCGUCCAAAGUAUGUCGAAGACAUGAAAUGGAAUGAACGACGCGACAGCGGUUUGAGAAUCAAAGAGAAAUCCGUCGAAGAUUUGAAGGACAUGUUCAAGGAAAGGCAUUCGGAAGAGCGUCAAGACGAACUAAAGAAAGAAGAAAGCAAUGCGUCUAAGGGCACCUACAAACCGUUGUGGCGUGGAAGUUCGGUUCUCGAUCUGGCUUCCAACAUGGUGGUGAAAUAUAAUCCACCAGUUAAGACAAGCUCGUCGAAAAUUCAGGCCGAUGACACGAGAAUCGGAAUCAGCAAGAAGCUCAUCAGCACGCUGACUCGAGAUCAAAUUGCAAAGAUAAAGAAUCAGUUGAGCGAAAUUUACAACAACAAUUUCAGCGGACCUUCACAAUGCGAGAAGAAUGUCGGAGCCGGUCCUGUUCCGGAUAAAUUCGUUAUAAAUGUUUCGUCCACCGAUCAACCAAAAAAUCGAUCUUUAGUCGUGCGAAGCACUUCUCUUGUUCGCAAGGAAGAGCUGCUGGGACCAAUCUUGAAACGUCAUCAAGAGCGAUUGACGGAAAACCUCCGUUCGGAGUCCAUAAGUUCCAUUCAUGAACCGCGGGCCAGUCGUAGCGUUGAACGGUACGAAGAUCUGGUCAAACGAGAACAGAAAGAGAUCUCUGAGGCCGAAAAGAAGAGCAUUUUCUUCAGCAUUAGCAAAGAGAUUCAGGACAAAUUGCAUGAACGACGCCAGAAAUCAAUGGCACCAAUUUUUCUCGCCAAGGAAACGCGUGGAGCGAUCGCUUCUGAUAUUGCGAGGAACACUUUGUCACAACCACAGAAAGGAGGCAAUUUUUUAGACCAAAGUGAAACUGUGCGCAAAACAUCAGCAGAUCCGAAGGCAGACGGAAGCGCACAGGAAAGGACAGAACGAACUUUUCACGAAGCCAAGAAUGAACUCGACGAGUCGAAGCAGUUGAUCGACAUAGAGAGCAACACCGAACAAUUGCCUAAAAACACCGAACGGAUUCUGGAGAAAAUUCAUUAUUUCGAGAAGAAGAAAGAUGAAGCGCCUGAAACUACCAUCUAUCACGCCCGGGAAUAUUCGUCUCCAGAUGAAGAAGAAAUCAUGCGAAUCAUUGAGGAAAAAAUGGCGAAAAAGAAAGCUGAACAGAGUCUGGUUCAGGGUAGAAGUUCUUCGGUGUCGGAUUUUAAGGAAUUAUUUGGCGAAAGAGACCCUGGUCCAGCUAGGACACGUACACCAUCACCAGCGAAAGGUAAAUGUAGUGCCUCAACUGUAAAAGCGGUUUCGAAUUCAACCAGUGUCGAAAGUGUUUUCCGUUCGAGGAGCGUAUCACCUUACUACGAACAAAAGAACUACAAGACAUACUACAACAUUGUCCGCACCGGCGAUGUACAGAAGAUGAAAGAUAAGUUCGAAAGCCUCACAUUCAAACCGAGACGAAAUUUUAUCGAAAUUCCGCCCAGACGAUUCCAGAGUGAUCCGGAUCUGAACAAAAUCAAACGAAUAACCAGUCCGGAUAAGAUAACGGUAAAGACGCAUGAGGCCGGAGAUGUGUCUUGGAUUACGCACAAGUUUGAAGUGAAAAAUUCUGCCGCUCGGGGUCGAAGUCGCGUUCGACGUGUCAUUUCACCGAUACCGAAAGUGCCAUUCAAGAAGGAAGAUCGGUUCAUGCCACACAUCGACAUCAUUAGUAAAACGGCAUCCCUCAAGCAAGAGAUGAAAAAAUCUCCAACUUCCAGCCAAGUCACCAAUUUGUGGACCGGAGAGGUGCAGAAAAUGCGAAGUAAAUUUGAGUCACCCGAUCGGUUAUCGUUAAUGGGUCAAAUGUACACAUCGUCUCCGGAUAUAAGCGAACUCAAGGACAUUUCGAAUUAUCUAACUGGCCCAUGGAUCGCCCACAAAUAUCCAAAUGCCAGAGACAAUGCACGGUCACCAGUGUCGCCGGACAAAGGACCGAUCAGUACGAUUUGUAAGAAACGCGUUUCGAGUCGUCCGUGCUCUACGUCACCGCCACGAUCGAAAUCGGGCAUUGCUUCAAUUCUGAAACCGUUCUACGAUAUGUUUGCCAACCAGGACUACGAUCCAAUGAAACACCGUCCAAUCAACCGAUACGUUCCCGAUAAACGGAUCGACGCUGAGCUGUUGUGGCGCCGUUUGCAGAAGAACAACAACGGUGCAAAACCAACCGUUAAAUUUGAAGACACUGAAGUUGUUCCCCCACCACCUCCGAUUAAAGGCGUGCCAUUGAACUUAGAUAACAGAGAUCAAGAAUCACCACAUCGAUAUGUCGAAAGUGAUGUCAACAUUCACUACAAGACGCCCGUUCGAUUCGAAUACAAAGAUCCAAUGUCCGAAUCGGAACUGGCAUACCGUCAGGCUGAACAGAUGAAAAAACUGUACCAGGAAGAGCGUCGCCGAAAAUACUUACUAGAAAUGCAGGACAUGAGCAAUCGUCGUCACACCGACAACUUUACGCCGUCACAAAAGUCACCGAUCGCCUUGAAUCGAUACGAUGAUUUCGGACCGGACGCAUCACCAAAGUCACCGUUACUGCCACGAACCGUUGCCCGUGCAUUGUACAAUUUCCAGGGUCAGACGGCAAGCAGGGAGUUGAGCUUCAAGAAGGGAGACAUCAUUUACAUACGACGAGAAAUCGAUAAAAAUUGGUAUGAAGGAGAACAUAACGCUGCCGUUGGACUGCUGCCAUCCAACUAUAUCGAGAUAAUAACCAGAGAUGGCAUCCGUAUCACACAGAAGAAGUUACCAGAAGGACAAGCCCGUGCAAAAUUUAACUUCCACGCCCAAUCUGCCAUAGAACUAUCGUUAAACAAAGGUGAACUGGUCGCAUUGACUCGACGCGUAGAUGACAAUUGGUUUGAAGGUCGAAUCGCUAAUCGAAAAGGAAUAUUCCCAGUUUCUUAUGUUGAUGUCUUAACGGAUAUUGGUGCCGAUUCAACGCCAAUCAUUUCAUCGAAACCAAUUGGUUCACCAGCCGCCCAUUCGUUGACACUAGCCCCGUCACCGGACUACUCAGUUAUUCGGCCGAAUUUCGUGUCCGAUUUAAGUGCCGGCAUAGUUCCGCAAUCGAAUGGCUACCAAUCGAACGGAGUGGUGCGAGAAACAAAAACCAUACAGAAGACGGAAGUGCUGCACGUGGACACCAAUUCCGAGCCAGUGGCAUACCGAGCCAUCUACAAAUACCGGCCGCAAAAUUCCGACGAAUUGGAAUUGCAAGAGGGCGACAUUGUCUAUGUUCUGGAAAAAUGUGACGACGGCUGGUUUGUUGGCACAUCGCAGCGAACGGGCUAUUUCGGCACCUUCCCGGGCAACUACGUCGAAAGGAACUAACGGUCGUCCGCCCUUCUUCGAUUGUUAAUUUUAUAAAUGCGAGAGAGAUUUUCGUUUAAUUUAUUUUCUUUUUUCGUUUUUCUUCCUUCCUAUUCCUCCUCUUCAUCGGCCUUCAAGUUGGCUUUGAAGGGGAGCGGGAGGGUUUAUUACUAAUUUUUACACUUGCGUUUGUUUUCGUUCCGAUUGUUUUAAAUUUUCAAUUUUUUUUUGUUGUUUAAAUUUUAACAUUUAAUCGUUGAAUUGCACAAUUUUAAUUUACAAAAAAAAAAUUAUGAAAAAACAGCUUCAAAAUAUACCAAAAGAUAUAAAAAUGCGGGAAA